UCCAGGAGAUGUCACUAGCUGACCCAGUCACCACCUGUCUUUCCCCUGCAGUGCAUUAUAUGGUUUGCAAACUUGGAUUUGAGAUAGAAGACAGCCAUUCUGUUAAUAGUAUUGUGUCUGAAAAUGGUGAAGUAUGUUGGAGAACAAUCACAGAGCUUGUGCAUUACCGUGAAUCAGAUCAAAAUGUGGAUUAUAUAAAAAGUGUGCAGCUGUUAGGACCUUUAUGUGAAUCUGUUCAUUUGCAUCUACAAUCCCUGACCAUGGAACAAUUUGAAGUUCAGUACUCAUUGUGGUUCCAGUGGACAAACUGUACGGAGCUACUUCUUGAAGUGUUUGCUGCACUGGAUAGCAUGGAAGCUACAGCAAUUGCACUUAGCUUAAUGAAACUAACAUCGUGUCUGGAGCGAGCCUUGGGUGAUGUUUUCUUACUAAUUGGUGAGGACUGUCCAUUCCUUUUAAGAGAUUUGCUUGCAUCUCAGGAGCUUGCUGCAGUCUUUGGACAAUCUGUAAUGAACGUGCUAAGAGUAUUCAUUGGGUCUCCAUAUGGUCUAAAUCUCCGUAACAUUUUGUGGCAUGGAUUUGCUUCCCCUCAAGAAAUUCCUGCAAAAUAUUGCUCUAUGCUGCUUAUUUUAACUGCAGGAUUGGGCCAGUUGCUAAAGAUAUACCUAUUGCAAACUGAAACCAUUUUAGUACAUCGACCUUAUAUAGCCUUCACUAAUUUAAAGGAGUUGGACAUUUUUCCAGAUAUUAAUCAUGAAGUACUUUCCAUAACUGAGGAACUAGCAAAGAUAUCCAGUUUUGUAUUAAAAACAAUGUUACCAUUUUGGGUUGCUGCACUAACAGCUUUCAGGCAACACAGGUAUGCUGACUGUGUUAUACUGUUACUCCCUCAGCUGGAAACUGGACUUAGGUUACUCUUCACCACAGUUAAUAAGUGUCCAAAUAGACUGCUAACUGCUGAGUCAUCUUCUCUUUAUACCACUUUCGAUGAGAUGCUAACAAAACAGCUGAAUGACAAAGAGAUCAAUCAGCUUCCUCUAAUUCUUGGAGAGCCUUCAAUGGAAUUCCUUUGGGAUUUCUUGAACCAUCAAGAGGGUCCACGUGUAAGAGAUCAUUUAAGCCAUGGAGAGAUCAACUUAAAUGAGUUUCCAAGAGAAAUAGCCAAUCAGAUACUUGCAUUUUCAGUUACACUUUUAUGCAGAUUUUCAGAAGUGGAGGAGCUCACAGCUUUUAAGGAGCACACAGCCAUUAAACCACUGAUCAGCUGUGCAAGUUGCUACCGUUCUCGGUUUCAUCCAAUUGCCCGACUUAAGAAACAGGUGCUGAAGUGUAUGAAGAGCAUUAGUUCAUGGCCUGAGCUUCCUAUAGUGCCUGAAGAGCAAAUUCAAGAAAUUCCAGGGUUGGAAAGAAGUGCAGAAACUAGUCCUUGUAUUUCUAUGACUACAGAAAUCCUCUCUCAGUUGCAACACCAUUUGCCCCAGAAUUGCUACAUUUUAGAUGAUCUAAUGAAUAAUCUUUUAAGUGAGAAGCUACUGGUUGAACUCUGUAGUACGCACAUUUGUACCCUGUACUGCCCACGUUCUGUACUGGAAAUAUUGGUUGUGUUCCGUAAGAUAAGCACACAGUGCCAUCAAGUGUCAGAUCAAGUAAUUGCCAGUACUGAAAUGAGAUACACACAGUGGAUAAACAAGAUACUGCGUUCGCGACAGAGGCAUAACUAUCUACGAAUGUUACACAGCAUUAAAUUUCUGUCUCCUGUGUUACGGCUGAUUUUAAUGUUGAUUAUUCUGGAACUAAUCAACAUCCAUACUGUUUGUGAGAAGAAUCCUUGUGAUUAUCAGCAGUAUAUAAAGUUUUUAAAGUCAAUCUUGCAGUAUACUGAGAACUUGGUGACCUACACAAGCCCAGAGAAAAACAAAUGGGAUGAAUCCAUGGAGCUUACGCACAAAGCUUUGAUAAAAAUUUGGACUUUCAGCGAGAGAAAGCUAACAUUAAUGCAGCUAGCGACACAAGUGAAGCUGUCUUGAAAACACUUGGUUUCUGUUACAUCUCAAAAUUAUUAUUUUUUAAUGCCUCAAAACUUAAUGUGGCCAAAAUUCUUAGAAUAUUUCUACUCCUUUCUUUGAGUGCAGCUUCCAUCAAAAUGCCUUUGAAAGCAGAAUUUGGCAUUUACGUAGCGACAGUGUUGCUGAUUGGAGUUGGAUAAAUGCAUUCCUGAAAAUGGAACAUUUGUCAAGUGCACAAUGAGACUCUGAGCUCUUACCUCAAAAUGAUUUGAAAUGUAUCUAUUAUUUUAAGUGUAUUAUGUGCUUUAAAGCUUGAUUUUUUUUUAUUAUUAUUAUUAUUUUUUAUAGUGUACCUGAAAAUGACCAGGAAAACAACUGAAAUAAAUGUAUUGGGAAAAAUAUUGAACUGAAAAAAAGCUAUCAGUGUGGUGAAGCUAAUAUUUGGCCCUU